AUGCCUCCGGACGAAGCCACGCUCAGCACCAGCCUCGACACGGUGCGAUCUAUUCACACCCGGUUCCCGCCGUCCCCCUCGCGCUCACGCCCCCCGAACCGCUCGCGCUCACCAUCGCCGUCGCUCCCACCCAGCCCAUCGCUCUCGGCAGCCUCGGGCUCCUCUGUAUCGUCCUUCCCCUCCGUUGCCAGCUCGUUCUUCUUCAGCUCAGCGGCCGUGAGCCCAGGGCCUGCCCAUGCGGAGGAGGACGAGACGCUCAUCAUCCCGGAGCUCGUGCUGCCGCAACCGCAGCCACGGGUGCGGGUGUCAGCAUCCGAUGUCGUGGCUCGGCUGUUCGUGGUGGGAGACUACCGUGCCGUUGCGAGGAGCCUCACUGGCCCCGAUGGCGGGGUGGAAGAUGGAGGAGUGGAUGAGGGCGGUGCGGGUGCUGUGCACAUCCUGCGAGUGCGCGUAGGUGAAGAUGAUUGGUCACGGACCGGCGGCGACGGAACGCGAGACUCUCCCGGCCCCGCACACGUACCGAUGGUCGAGGUUUACGGUGUCGACUCUAUGCAUGAGCUCGACCUGGACGCUCUAGCACACCGCAUCCUCGCGCCAUUCUAUGUCGUCUCGGAUAUUCUCGCCCCUCCCGUGCUGUCAGGCGACAAGUCCGUGCUGCAGGAUAUCCUCGCGGGCCCGUCGGUGCCGUUGUAUACAGCACUGAUCGUCACGUAUCCGGAGGGAGACUUACCUGCGCCUAUCGACCCACACGUUCCGCUUUCGUAUCUGAUCCCGUCGCUGUCUGCACACCGCCCGCCGAAUGACGACAUCACCGGAUUCAUCCCCGCCACCCUACGAUCGCUGAUCCCCGUGAUACCUCUGGCCCUACCAUCUCCUUCGCCGCCAUCCUUACAGGAUUGCUCUGCCGUUCAGUCACCAUCUGUAGCCCACCAUCUCAUCCUUGAGCCGGAGGACUCGGUGCUUGGGGACGACCCGGAUGGUCACGUCAUCACUGGGACGACUCCCCAGUCGUCCGCGGUCCUUGCCCCAGAUCCACCGCGGGCACUGCUGUCCCCUUCGACGCUGAGAUCGCUCAGAAGGGAAGCAGCCGGGCUAUUCUUGGCGUGGUGGAGACGGAUCGGGAGUCAAGCUGAGCCCUCCCCGGCCGAAGUGUCUCCGGUCCGUGCGAUACCUCCGGCUGAUGCACUCGCGCUCAGCCUCACCGGGUCGGCGCAUUCCGGUAGUGCCCCACUCCCCUCUCCAGCGCACGUGAGACGGGGGACGAUCACCCGCCGCCGGCGCGUGAAGCUCACGCGGACGCCGUCCUCCUCACCCCCGACCUCACCCGCGCACUUCGUGCCCAAGUCGUUCUACCCGCACGCGGAUCCGCUGCACCUGCCGUCGCUGUUCGCCCUCGCGCGAGGCGUGUGCGGCGCCUGGGCUGCGCAGGAAUGGAGCAACCUGGGCGUCGCGGUCGUCGCUGGGCUGGGUUUCGUGGCCGGCUUGUUCGUUGGUGUAUGGGCUGUAUCCGCCGGGGCGGGAACGGCAGCAGCGGCAGCCCGACCGGGUCUUUCACCGCUUCGCUGA